AUGUCCAAGCCGCCGCUCUUUCCGCAGGCGAGCGUGUCGGGGAUCAUCAACGAUCCCAGCUCGCAACAGCGCGUCAUUCCCGAGAGCCGCCGUGCCGAUGGAUCCAUCCGAAAGGAGCGCAGGGUCAAACCGGGCUUCACACCCGCCGAGGACGUGACGCGCUUCCGGUCCAGCAGGCAACUCGACGCAGAGAGGGCAAGGCUUCCGCCCGGCUCCGUGCCCGGAUUCAUCAAGCCCAGCCCGCAGGUGCAGGCCGCAAAGGCAGGCGCUUCCGCCGCCGCAGGGUCGGCGCCGCUGAGCAAGAGCGCAAAGAAGAACGCCAAGCGCAAGGAGAACCGCGCCGCCGCCGGCGGGUCGACCAGGGAGGACGAAGAGGUGCCAGAUGCUUGGGACGAUGAUGGCCACGAUAACGGGGAUGACGACGCAAAGGCAACGGGCAAGACCGCCACGGCGUCGGCGUCGACUGAGGUCAACGAGGCAGGCACUCCAUCCCAACCGACAGCGGAAACGACAGCCACGCCGCCAGCGACCACGACCACGACCGCCACGCAGGACCCGGCAAAACGGCGUCUCAACCUCGGCCGCAAGAUCAAGGCGGCCGAAUCGCUCCUCGACAAGCAAAACGCGGGCGAAAAGCUGCUGCCGGAACAGCAAAAGAAGCUCGAGUCCCUCGACGACAUGCGAAAGGAACUCGAGAGCCUCAGCCUGUAA